UGGCAAUGCUGAAAAUUCAGGAUGUGACGUCACUGUUGGUUCUUUCCAUCUUGGUUUUUCAAAACACAAGAUCGUAAAUCGUUUCAACACCACGGAAAAUGGUGAACAAGAAGCCAACCAAGAAGAAGGUAGCGGGCAAAAAAGUUGCCGCUGCUCCUCUGGCCGUCAAGAAGGUUGAGGUUAAGAAAGUGGUCAAUCCUUUGUUCGAAAAGCGCGUCAAGAACUUUGGAAUCGGUCAGAAUGUGCAGCCUAAGCGCGAUCUGUCCCGUUUCGUUCGCUGGCCGAAAUAUAUUCGCAUCCAGCGACACAAGGCAGUUCUGCAGAAGCGUCUAAAGAUACCGCCACCGAUUAAUCAGUUCUCGCAAGCAUUGGAUAAGCACACCGCUCAACAGUUGUUUAAACUGUUAGAAAAAUAUCGUCCGGAAAAUCCGAUUGCCAAGAUUCAACGUUUGAAGGCAAAGGCCGAAGCCAAGGCUGCCGGAAAGCCGGAACCACCAGCCAAGAAGACUAAUCAGCUGCGUCAGGGUGCAAAUACCGUGGUUAAACUAGUGGAACAGAAGAAAGCUCAGCUGGUAGUUAUUGCCCACGAUGUGGAUCCGAUUGAGCUGGUCAUCUAUCUGCCCGCCUUGUGCCGCAAGAUGGGAAUCCCGUAUUGCAUUAUCAAGAGCAAAUCCCGGCUAGGAACGCUAGUCUACCGUAAAACGUGCACCUGCAUUGCACUCACCCAGGUCGACAACUCGGACCGGGCGAAUCUGUCCAAGCUGGUGGAAACCAUCAAGACCAACUUCAACGAUCGCUAUGAGGAAAUCCGCAAACACUGGGGAGGUGGUUUGCUUGGCCCGAAGAGUAUGGCCCGCAUCGCCAAGCUCGAAAAGGCCAAGGCGCGUGAAUUGACCCAGAAGACGCUGUAAUGGGAAGGGGUUUGGUUUCGAUGUUAAAUCGAUGGUUAGGUGUGAAACUUUGUCUGAAGCUGUGUUCUGCCGUGUAAGAAACGGCAACGGUUGAGAGAGAAUAAAACCUGGAAAAGCUACACGUAA